UCUAAAGCAAAUGGAGCAUACAGAGAAUAAGGCCAGAAUUCCAAGAAAGGGAAUAUUAAAUAAUGAGUAUUUCUUCGAGAAAAAACUGGGUACUGGUGGAUAUGGAGCAGUCUAUCUUGCCAAAAAUAAGAAGACUGGUAACUAUGUUGCCAUCAAAGCCAUCCAGAAACUCAAAGUCAAAGAUUAUGAAAGCUUUGUCACAGAAAUGAAUAUUCUCAGAGGCCUCGACCACCCCAACAUCUACAAGCUCUACGAAACAUGGGAAACAGACCGCAUCUGAUUCUUGUCGACUGAGUAUUGCAAAGGAGGAGAAUUGUUUUACUUCAUCGUCAAGCAAGAUGCCAAACACCUAACCGAAGAAGAAGCAGCUCUCAUCAUGAGGCAAGGCUUUUCAGCACUGAAGUAUCUUCAUGAAAACAACAUUUGCCACCGAGAUAUCAAGCCAGAGAACUUCUUGCUCUACAAAGACAAAAAGCCUGACAACAUCAAGCUCAUCGACUUCGGAUUGGCUAAGAAGCUCUCUGAGAAUGAGAUCAUGAGCAAUCCGAACGGGACUGCCUACUACAUCGCUCCGGAAGUGCUCAAAGGAGAAUACACAGUCAAGUGAGAUGUCUGGUCGAUGGGAGUCGUGCUGUACAUCAUGUUGUGUGGGAGACCUCCAUUCAAAGGCAAGUCCAACCCCGACAUCAUCAGCAGCGUGCUCAAAGGAGAAUACCACUUCGAUUACCCAGCCUUCGAGUCAGCCUCUGAAGAAGUCAAAGACUUCAUUUCGAAGUGCCUCGAAAUGGAUGUGGACCAGCGGAUGAGUGCAGCUGAAGCAUAUGACCACCCUUGGAUUCAGAUGCAGUGGAAGAAAGAAGAGCAGGACCUCACCAUACCAGAAGAUGUCCCUGACAGCAUCCUGGAGUUCAUGAAUGCAGUCAACUUCAAGAAGACCACUUUGACAUUCUUGGCUUCUCGCAUCCCUGAAGACCAAAUUGAGAACCUCAGGAAGGCAUUCAUCAAGAUCGACAAGAAUGGAGAUGGAGUCCUUUCGAAAGAAGAACUUGUCGAAGGAGUCUCAGCAGUCCCCAAGUGAGACAUCGACCCUGAGGACUGGGACUUGGUCAUUCAGCUGAUGGACACCAACAACAGCGGUAGCAUCGACUACACGGAGUUCAUCGCAGGGUGCAUGCAGUCCUAUGUGUACCUGAAAGAGAACAACCUGAAGCAGGCCUUCGAGUACUUCGACAAAGACGGAAACGGAACCAUCACGCUUGAAGAACUCAAGGAGUCGCUGUGAUCCGAUGACUUGUUGCUUGACGAAGAAGAAAUUGAAGACAUCAUCAAGCAGAUCGACAAGAACCAGGACGGAAUGAUUGACUACAAGGAGUUUUUGGAGAUGAUGAAGAGCAACGACAAGAUGAAGGGGCUCAUUGAUCCAUAAGC